AUGUCCCCUCUCUGGGGUUUACGGAGAAGCGCUAGCGCGGAAAGAGAUGAGGAAAGAGAGGGUAGCAAUCAGGGCCAAAGGGUUCAGGAUGAGAGGGAUGUUGAUCAACACACUCGUCUCCUCCCUCCAGGAGGUGCAUAUCUGAGUCCAGAUGAUCCAGCUGUAUCUCCUUAUAACUUGUGGGGCAUUCGCGCUCUUCGCUCUUUAACAGUUCUAUUUCUCUUUAUUACUCUGAUAUGGUGGAUUCUAUUGUUUAUUUCUAUAUUCGUCAGUCCUCCAAUGAUGAGCACCCGCGGCUCAGGAUUCUUUGAUUUCUCAUUCACAACAUUGACGCUUGGCAACCUACUUAUUGCCUUAAUCUUCUUCUCGGUACCCUCAACACCAAUGACAAUAUGGGGAGUAUGGAUGUCAGUAUUCUUAGCUGUGAAUAUGUUCAUAAUACUUGGCGUUGCGCGCCUUCGGGUCGAAGAAGGAUGGGUUGGUAUAGCAUCAGUGGCUUGGGCUACGCUUAUAUCCUUAUACCUGGUGGCUCAAACUCGCACUGUUGCUUGGGGAAAAAGAGAGGAGGAAGAGCGGCUGACCGGACGAGAAGAAACAAGACGGCCACUUCGAGAAUGGAUUGCUGUUCUCGUUCAGACAAUCGUCAUGACAGUAACUGCCUUGGUUGCAAUCCUGCUUAUGUCGACAUUGGUUCUUCGCGCAACGGAUGCCGGCCUUGCCCCUCCAGGGAAAAGGUAUUAUGUCGAUAACGACAAGUAUCAAGUUCAUGUCGCCUGCGUGGGUAACGUUCCCGAUAUACUCACAUCAAAAAACAGGACGACUCCAACUGUUCUCCUUGAAGCUGGCAGCGAUCCCGCUGAGAAUACUUUGAUUGAGUGGGUAGAUGCUGCUUAUAAACAUGGAUCAAUUCCUCGGUAUUGUUAUUGGGACCGCCCGGGAAUUGCAUGGUCAGAAAACGCCCCAUCACCCCAUUCUGCCGGCAUGUCCGUCGACGCACUCUCCGAAGCUCUAGCACUUGCGGAUGAGGAAGGGCCAUGGGUGCUUGUCUCCGCAGGUGUAGGUGGCAUAUACAGCCGUAUAUUUUCGAGUCGUCACUUGCGCGAUAUUAGCGGGAUAAUGCUCGUCGAUGCGAUGCACGAAGCGUUUCUUUCUGACCUGGGUAGGCCUGGAAGAGGGUUAAUGCUAUGGAUACGGGGGAUACUCUCACCCCUAGGGUUGGAUCGCUUAGCAGGUGCCAUUUUCAAAGGUCGCACCCGGGAAGAUAGGGUAUGGGGUAAAAGAGCGUACCAAAAUGGGAAAUUUAUCAAAGCAAAGUUGCAAGAAAGUUUGGUUGCGGACUCAAUGACGAAGAGUGAAAUAUCAAGUGCCCGAAAUAUCCAAACACCCUCUACACCACUGGUGGUAGUGAGUUCUGGAAGAGAAAUGAGAAGAAACAAAAAUUGGGCUGAGAAGCAGGAAGAUUUAACCAAAAUUACUCGGAACUUGAUAGCAUGGGAUAUUGUAAAAGGUGUCCCACACCAAGUGUGGGAAACACUUGAAGGGCGAAAAAUUCUUGAGAAGAGAUUGAAAGAAUUGGUCAGAGGAAGCUAA